AUGCGCGCCACCACUGCCAUGAGAAUGUUCCGCCAGACCCCUCGCUUGAUGCGACCGGUUCCCAAAGAAGAUCAGGCUGGCCACACCAUCUCCCAGCGCCUCCGCAAGCUCAAGCAGAUCCCUGCCGAGCUAUUUCCCCUUGCUGCCGUCGUUGGAUUUGCCGUUGCCGCCGCCGGCUACUCUUGCGCCCGCAAAUUCUGGGUUGACAAGAACCUCCGUCUUGGCCGACAGGGACCUUCUGCCCGUGCUGACCACUAA